CUCUGACCACUAUUGCCCCACACAGGCCCCUGUGCCCACCUCGCCCCACCCGCGCCAUGGCCCUGCUCAGCAUCAACGAGCUGCUGCCAAACACCAUCCUGCUGGAGGUGUUCACGCACGUGCCAGCCCGACAGCUGCUGCUGCGCUGCCGACCCGUGUGCAGCCUCUGGCGGGACCUCAUCGACACGGCGACCCUCUGGAAACUCAAGAGCCUGCAUGACAGCUUCAUCACCGAGGACUGGGACCAGCCGGUGGCCGACUGGAAGAGCUUCUAUUUUUUGUGCAUCCUCCGCAGGAACCUCCUGCGCAACCCGUGUGCGGAAGAGGGUAUGACAGCCUGGCAUAUUGACGCCAAUGGGGGUGACGAGUGGAAGGUGGAGAGCUUACCUGGAGCCUAUGGCACAGACUUCCCCAGCCCCCACGUCAGGAACUACUUCUCCACAUCCUAUGAACUCUGCCUCAAGUCCCAGACGGUGAACCUCAAAGCCGAGGGCUACUGGGAGGAGCUGAUGGACGAGGUCCGGCCUGACAUUGUGGUGACGGACUGGUACGCCGCGAGAGGAGACUGCGGCUGCACCUACCGCAUCCGAGUGCAGCUGCUUUCUGCCGACUACAGCACCUUGGCCUCCUUCGAGCCCCCACCCGUGACCAUCCCUCAGUGGAACGAUGCCACGUGGACAGAGGUCACCCACACCUUCUCGGACUACCCCCGGGGCGUCCGCCACAUCCUCUUCCAGCACGGGGGCAAAGACACCCAGUUCUGGGCAGGCUGGUACGGGCCGCGUGUCACCAACAGCAGCAUCGUCAUCAGACCCAAGGUCACCAGGAACCCGGCGCCCUCCACCGGCCAGCACAGGCCCAGGUAGGGGCGGGAGGAGGUACUGACCCCCCCACCCCCUGCCUCAUUCUACAGGCCCUCCUGGCAGUCUGUCAUCUGACAGCUGCUUAUCCGGCCUCUGUCGCUGCCAGCCCAGGGACCUCCUGCCACAGUCCUAAGCUUGGGCAACCCCACCAGAUUGUCCUAACUUUCUGUUACAACUUACUCUUAAAUAUAGCUCUGCCAUUUUUUCAUAAUAAAUGUUUUCAGUAAAACC